UAUUUAAAAUUAAGUUCUGCUCGUCCUCAAUCGAUUUAAUAAAAUAAUGAUUAGCAUAUUUUCAUAAUUUACAACAAAAUUUAUAAUAUGGCUGCUUCUAGAAGAUUGGGUAAAGAGUUGAUUGAUUUGAAAAAUUCAUCCGACAUACGUAAGAUAUUUCAUGAUAUUCAAGUUGAUGAUAAUAAUAUACUGGUUUGGAGAGGUUUAGUUUCACCAAGGAAUCCUCCAUACAAUAAAGGCAGCUUUAAAAUCGAAAUUAAUUUUCCAGCAGAAUACCCUUUUAAACCUCCAAAAAUAAAUUUUAAAACAAAAAUAUAUCAUCCAAAUAUAGAUGAAAAGGGACAAGUUUGUUUGCCAAUCAUAAGUGCAGAAAAUUGGAAACCAGCAACCAAAGCUGAUCAAGUUGUUCAAUCACUUGUUACAUUGAUCGAAGAACCGGAACCCGAACAUCCUCUAAGAACAGAUCUAGCCGAGGAAUAUACCAAGGAUCGUAAAAAAUUUUUCAAAAAUGCCGAAGAUUUCACAAAAAAAUAUAGCGAAAAGAAGCCACCCUCUUCCGAUCAUCUUUAAGAAAAUGGCGAUAUCAUAUAUUCUCAUGAGCAGUUGAUAUAAUGUUUAAUUUAGCAUUAUAUAUACCUUAUACUUCAACCUUAGGACAUGGGAACAAAACAUAAAAAAGUUGCGCGUUCAAAUUUUAAAUUAUAUAUAAAAUUGCUCUCGUUUUAUUUGAAUUUGUUGUUUAUUUAAUUAUAAUUUUCAUUGAAAUUUCUUUUCGUAUGUUUAUAAACUAUAAAAUAUUAAUUUGCUUUGUUUUGGUAACACUUUUACU